AUGCCUAUUCGCAACCCCUUUGCCCGCCGUCCGGGCCAUGCCAUUCACGCCUCAGUCGGGGAUGAGAACAUGCGACCGGACGACCAUAAACCGUCGCAUCCCGGAUUUGAGAAGCAGGACACUGUGGGUUCCAAGGCCUCAUCUUCGCUGAGCAUAAGAAGCUCCAAGAGCCAGGACAACGGCGAAUACAAAAUGAGUGUCGUGAACGACAGUGGAGUCUACCUGCCGCCAUCCCCAACCGAAGAAAAGGCCUUGUGGCCGCGCAAGUACCUCGGCUCGGGUCGCAACUCGACAGACACCCGCAAUGACAGCGGCGAGAUCGAGCACUUCUCCAUUUCGAGAGAAUCUUUCGAUUCGUACAGGCGAUCAUUUGAUAUCACAGCACGGUCCCCCAUUCCCCAAGGCGACUUCCCGGCACGCCAGAGUCUCGAUUCAGCCCGUUACCCCCGACUACCUCGAUCCGCGAUUGACAGGCGAGCCGACCGGGACCUGCCCACCGCCGAGGAGGGCUUUGAGGACGUGGGCUUGGACGACCAGAAGCACCAGCAACACCAACCCAGCCGCAUGCGCGGCUUGUUUUCGCGCUUCGGUGACUCUGACCACAAAGAGCCGAGCGCCAACUCGCCUAACUCAAGUGUCACGCGGUUCCUGUCGGGCGCAGGAAGGAAGCGUGGUCAGAGUGGGCAAGGUUCAGAGUUGGGCACCAUCGAGCGACCCAAGUCGGCAGCGUCAGUUGAAACAACUGAAGUCCACUGA